AUGUCCAACGCAAGCGAAGAUCCCAUGGUAUUGCACGAUGAGAACAGCUUUCUCUUUUACAACCCCUCUGCCAACGAUUACACCUCAUUUCCGACCGAUAUCCCACACUUUCUCUCCGCCUCUGCGCAGGUCUAUGCCGAGAAUAUGGACACCGACCUCGGAUGGCCGGAAAAUCAAGAGAACACGUUGAUCGAGCUUACCGACCUCAACCAAGGCACCCUCGAGAACAUUCAGCAACAGGAACAAAGUGAACCUGUCUCUCAGAGGCAGCUGUCGGAGGUACAAUAUGCUAGUCGCAGGAUAAGGCAGAUGUAUGAUGACCAGAGCUGGGGAGAGAAAGGUCCAGAGUUUCAAGAGCUGCUCAGGACAUGGAAUGAAUCAGUUCGGGCUUUACAGGAAGCAGGAAUAACCGAACUCCCUGAUCCGCCAGAGUAG